CAGUUGGUGUGGAGCCCCCACCCUGCCCUGGCUGCUGCCCGAUAACAGAGAGCAGGGAAACAACACGGCCGCUGACACCCGAGACCGUCACCAUCACACCACGUUUUCUUCACACUGAAGGAUUUUUUUCACUUUUACUCACCAUCCGUUUCUGUGUUUGGUGGUGAUAAAAUGGUUGAUUAACACCUUUUACACACAUUAUUUGUGGCCUGUUGUGAAUCUGACCUGUCACACUCUGGAUACUCAGCUACAGUGAAUAACGUUAUAGACUGCGAUGCUCUCAAAACAGGAGAAAGAGCUCAUUGCAGAAAUAUGGGGAAGACUGACUCCUGUGGCAGAAGAUAUUGGAGCAGACGCGCUUCAAAGGAUGUUUGCUUCUUACCCAGGUACCAAGACGUACUUUUCCCAUCUAGACAUCAGCCCUCGCUCCGCUCACCUGCUCUCCCAUGGGAAGAAGAUCGUUCUGGCCAUAGCAGAGGGAGCCAAAGACAUCAGCCAGCUGACUGUCACCUUGGCUCCUCUGCAAACCCUGCAUGCCUUCACGCUCCGGAUAGUCCCGACCAACUUCAAGCUCUUUUCACACUGUAUGCUCGUCGCCCUGGCCUGUCACAUGGGCGAUGACUUCACACCGGUUGCACACGCAGCAAUGGACAAGUACCUGUCAGCUUUCGCAGCCGUGCUCUCCCAGAAAUACAGAUGAGACUCUGCCACGUGUUUUUAGGAAGUAUAUAAAAAACAUUUAUGAUGCUAUAUGAUAUUAAAUAUUCAUGUAUGUGCAGUUGUAAUGCAAUCUUUUCUAAUAAAAAUGUGCAAUUAA